AUGUUGUCUCAGCCAAAAUCAUCCAAUUUAUCUGAAGCAUUAAUAAAUGUGAAAAAAAUGGAGAACAAUUUUCUUAGCCGUGAAUUCACAUUUAUUGACCGGGAACGAAAUAAAAUUCGUGCAAAUGUUGAUCGACAUAUGGAAACAUUUUUACAAUUAACACAAAAACGACACGAAAUAUGGUAUCGACAUGAUAAACAUUUUCGUGAAGCUUUAAGAAAAGAAAAAGAAAAUCAUGAAAAACGUAAAGAACGUAAUAGACAAAAAUUACUAUUAGCAGGUAAUUCAACUUAUAUUCCACGAGUUCAAAUACCAUUUCAGCCACUGAUUACUGAAAGUAUUGUUCUACCACCAAUUGCAACACCAACAGAAGCAACAUCAACAAUCGAAGUAACAACAAUUAUAGAAGCAACACCAACAACAGAAGCAAUAACAACAGUAGAAACAACAAUUACAACAGAAACAACAGGAACAACAACAGAAAUACCAACAGCAAAUAAUUCACCAACAACAAAAACAAAAAAUAAUACAUCAACAACAACACCACGUGCUGUACCAAUGACAAAAGUUGACCGACGUACACAUCAAGUUUUACGUGCUUCACAAAAGUUGCUCGAUGAAUCGGCAUCACGUUCAAGAUAUAAAUUUGUACUCGAUCGUCCUUCAUCAACAUCAUUUAAUCAGAAACGUCCACCACCUCCACCAAUAACAACAACAUCAUCAAGUUCAUGUUCAUUUAAUAGUGCGACACUUAUUGUACCGAUGACAACAUCAAUUGAUUGUGAAGAAUAUAAUCGUUUAGUGAAUGAAUCAAUGCAACAAGAAACAUUUAGUGAACUUGUUGAUCAUUUUGUUAAAUUUCGUCCUGAAUUUCGUGAACAAUUCGGUCUUAUUCACGAAGCUAGUAAACGACAGAAAGCGAUGAAAAAACUACGAGAAUUCAAUCAGAUACAAGCAAGAACCAAAGAUGAACGUUAUCAUAAAUUAAUUAGCAGUCUUACCGAUCUUCGUUCUGAACAAAAUGAAAAACUUCCUUAA